AGGCAUCUCUCGGUAUAGCCUUGGCGGCCAGAGACGCCUUACGACGCUAUCAACGCACUCUGGGAACGCAGUCAGUGCCGAACAUCGUCAGUCGCAGAUUUCGACUCACUAACGCUCUACUUAGGGACGAACGACCGAAAAAGACCGAAUCUAGAAAGAAAGUUAACCUACCACAACUAACACCAUGUCUUUCAAGGAACAUUUGGAAAUGAUAAGCCUUAACGAAACCCCUUCUAAGAAGGCUAAGUUCUGGCAGUCCUUCGUCAGAUCUCUAAAAGGAUCCGAUGACUUAAGGGCAACUGAUUCAGUCCAUUCCCGCAGGGGCAUCUUCCGUCCCAUAAGUGACAUCCCAGAAAUCUCAUCCUCUUGGCCAUACACCAAAUCAAUCUAUGACGAGCCCAGCGCAGCUUCCGAACGUAUCCACGUUCCCGGCUACAGAUACGAUCCACUUCACAGAGAUACAUACGGUUACUCACCCAGGCCAAUUUUCCCACACAACUAUGGUUCUCUAGACAGAUACCGGCCCGCAUACCACGUCGCAAAACCAAAACCACUCGACGCUGACGAGGCAUGGAAAAACCACAUUGACCGUGUAAAAGGACGCGAGCCAUCACAAUGGCCCAGCAGCAUUUUCCACACAAGUUACCCAUUCUCUCGCUAUCCAUUGUACUUGGUUUACAGUAAGAGACCUUCUCCAGCUGCUGAAAAAUACGAUCCACACCGCUCCUGGUUGGAUCAUUUGGAUCGUCUUGCCGAGCUCGACAAACUCUAUCCCUCUUUAUGGCCUUCAGUUGGAAGCAAAAGACCAACUCCAAUCAAGCCUGGUGAGUUUGCUCCUCGUCCAUCUGAAGUAGCUUUUAACUAUGCUGGCCAACCAAUUUACACCCGUGGAGGGUUGUAUCCAAGUAAGAAACUAUUCGACGACAUUUUAAACCCUUCUCCAAAUCUCCCUGUAUCCGCUGUAUCUCGUGAUCCCUUCUGGUGGGACUCUCCUCUCAAACCCGCUUCUGUGCACAACCCAUGGGGCAAAUCCCCAUUCUAUCUCCGCGACUCAUAUCUUUCCCCAGUCAAGAGGACGUUCCUGUGGGACAAACACCCCGUUAGGCCGUUCGCUGCCGUUUACUAAGUGGAAGAAAAAAGUAUGACACAACGAGGAGUCAACAUAAAAUCAGUAUACCACAAGCGACUGACUGAACAAAAAAAUCAUUGAAACAUCUGUUUGCACUUAUUUAAACUUAUGUUUCAACCGAGUGUUCAUUUUAACAAAAAAUAUAAGUUAUAUACACAUACUUACUACAAAGUGCCUUAAAUUAUACAAAGUAAUAUUAAGAACACCUAAUUUUAUGUAAAAGAUGUAACAUAUACACUGUUUUAUUUAAUUUUUUGUAAAUGAUCCUUUGGGACGAUCGGUGCUGACUAUAAGCGUGUCUCGCAUUCCAUCAUUAUAUUUUAGGAACGUCCUAGAGUGCAGGAAUUUGUAAAAAUUAUAUUAUUUUUGAUUGGUUUCAAUUUUGGUAAUCAUGUAAAGCUUUACCAAUUAAUAAAGAAUUUUAAUUCAGUGGAU